CUCGCCGGCUCGGAUGACUAUUUGCAUACAGCAGAACUGCGCAGAUGAAAACGUAUGUGCUCGCGAAUCCAAGGUCCCUUUUUCUGUACGGACGCCUAUUUGUGAGGGUGACUGGGGUAUGAUCGGCCCGGGGCAAUACCUCAUUUCUUCAGCCAUCAUUUGUAUUGAAUGACAAGGUUCAUGGGACUUGAUAACACGCUGCACAGUUUAAGCUAGCGCAGUGCCUGCUACUCAUUCGUCGAUUCACUAUUUUACGCCACUCGAUUGCAUGGGGAGAAGAUCCGCAGAAGCUUAAAUCCAGCGCAGUCCCAAAUCCCAAAUGUUUCCAAGGACCAAGUGGCGCUAAGUUUAUUCAACUGCAUUUAACCGACACUGCUUCUCACCUUGCUUAAUUCAUUCACGUUGAAGGGAUGGUGGACGAGACUCCCACCGCGCACAGCCCCGAUAUGGAAAGUGACUUAAGUCACAAUGAAAAGAAGCCCGGGGCAACUGUUGAUCCUCUCGAUAUUCCAGAUCCGGAUGCUCACUUGAGUGAAGCGGAAAGAAAGGCUAUCGAUAGAGAGCUGGUUUGGAAACUCGACCUCUACCUCAUCCCAUGGCUCUGCAUCUUAUACCUCCUCUCGUUCUUGGAUCGAACCAACAUCGGAAAUGCCAAAAUCGAUGGUUUGCAGAAGAGUCUGGGAAAUAUGUCCACGGGUCGAUAUAACGCCUGCUUGUCGAUCUUCUUCGUUUCCUAUGCUCUCUUCGAACCAUUGUGCAAUAUUCUCCUCAAGCGGCUGAAGCCAUCCAUCUUCAUCCCUAUCAUCAUGGUCAUUUGGGGCUGCGUCAUGACAGCAAUGGGAUAUGUUGAGAAUUGGUCUGGCCUUAUGGCAGCUCGUUGGUUUCUAGGAAUGGCUGAAGCAGGUCUCUACCCCGGAAUUAAUUACUUUCUCUCCUGUUGGUACAAGAGAGACGAGUUCGGCGUUCGAGCAGCAAUCUUCUUCUCCGCAGCCGCCUUUUCAGGGUCCUUCGGCGGUCUUUUGGCAGCAGCGAUCAACAACCUGAAUGGCCGAGCUGGGCGACCGGGCUGGGCAUGGAUCUUCAUAAUCGAAGGCAUAAUCACUGUCGGAUUCGGUCUCCUCUCCUUCUUCAUGGUUCACGACUUCCCUGAUACCGCCACCUUCCUCAACGAAGUAGACCGGGCUCGAGUUCUUCGUCGAUUGAAAGAAGACAAGCAGUCAAGCGCCGAGCACGAAGAGUUCAAGAUGGAAUACCUAUGGGCCGCACUCACAGACUGGAAAAUGUACAUGGGAAUGUUCAUCUACAUGGGUGCUGCUAUGCCGCUUUACGCCUUCUCGCUCUUCCUUCCUACGAUCAUUAAGAACAUGGGAGGAGGGAAGUACUCCCCUACCCACUCCCAGCUCCUUUCGGUACCCCCGUACGCAUGUGCUGCAGUCCUCACAAUUACCGUAGGAUAUCUUGCCGACAAAGCAAGGCGGAGGGGAGUUUUCAACAUCUUCGUCUCAAUGCUGGGAGCUGUGGGCUUUGGCAUGCUGCUCGGGAGCGCAGACCCGCAUGUCCAGUACGCAGGCUGCUUCCUCGGAGCUAUUGGCAUCUACCCUUGUAUCGCAAAUACCAUCUCCUGGGUCUCGAACAAUAUCGAAGGCGUCUACAAGCGGGGUAUCGUCCUGGGAUUCGUGAUUGGGUGGGGCAAUAUCAAUGGUGUUGUGAGCAGCAAUAUUUACUUCGAGGCACCAAGGUUCAAGGUUGGACAUGGAGUGGUCAUGGCAUAUAUGCUGGUUUGCUUGGUUGGUGGAAGCACCCUACUCCAUUUCCUGUUAAAGCGGGAGAAUAAGGCGAGAAGGGAGGGGAAGAGAGAUUACCUGGUCGAGGAGAAGUCGCUGCAGGAGGCUGAAAAGCUUGGGGACAAGCGACCGGAUUUCAUUUAUACCGUGUAAGAUGGGACUAAAUGGUCAAGAUCUGAGUGGAACUUUGACGUUGAACUUGGCGCUCAGUUCUUAGAAAGGUUUUGGUUUCUACAUUUGCACGAUCGGAGCAUACAGUGCAUAAAUUGCAAGACUUUCAGCUGCGUAUAAAGAAGUUCUCUACAAGUUCCGAGGCGACCUACAUUUCUCCAUGAUGAUCCCGCAAUUUGCCGAGAGAAGAGGUGCUUUAGGUUAUCUGCACUGCUUGA